UUACCAUUGCAGGGAGAGAGAAAGGGAAAACCCUUUCAAUUUCUUUUGAUUUCCUUUAUCUCUGGGUCUUUCUUCUAUCUGAAACCUGUUUCUUCACGGAAACAUUCACUGGAGAAGGGUUCACCAAAAGAUGUAGUCUUUAAGUUAUGUUUAUAAAAUUUAUAGUCCUUUUGUCGACGUCUAUAUCAUAGGAGGGAUCGUCGUCUUCUUCGUUUCCAUUUUCUUGGUUUGUAGCUUUAGGUUUGGUUAACUAUAAUUUGUCGACAAUACAAAGGACUUUUCUGGGUUUGUUUUUUUUUGAAGAAUGGCGAAUGGAGGAGAGAAAAACAGUGAUUUUUAUGCGGUUUUGGGGUUGGAUAAAGAAUGCACUCAAACAGAGCUGAGGGCUGCUUAUAAGAAACUUGCGCUGAGAUGGCACCCUGAUCGUUGCUCCGCCUCGGGGAAUUCAAAGUUCGUGGAAGAAGCCAAGAAAAAAUUCCAGGCUAUUCAACAAGCUUACUCUGUUCUGUCUGACGCAAAUAAGAGGUUCUUGUACGAUGUUGGAGCUUAUGACAGUGAUGAUGACGAAAAUGGCAUGGGAGAUUUUUUGAACGAAAUGGCAGUGAUGAUGACCCAGACAAAAUCUAGUGAAAAUGCAGAAGAAAGCUUCGAGGAAUUACAGGAACUGUUUGAAGAGAUGUUCCAAGUGGGCAUUGAUUCGUUAGAGUCGAAUUGUCAGCAGACUACGCCCUGUCCUUCUUCAUCUCAGUUUGCAUCUUUUGGUGAAAAUUCUGCCUCCAACAAGCGGAAUUCUGCUGAUAUGAGUUCCGGCGGGACGAUGCAGGAGAGUUCUUCUAGCUUUGAUGUACAAUUUCACGGCUUCUGUCUGGGGACAGGUGGAGCGCAAGGCAGGUAUCAGGCAUCGGAGAGGAGCCAAAGGAAAAAUAACAGUAGGCGAAGCCGGCUGAGAAAUGGCUGGAAACAAAAGCUUUCAUCUGGCCAGGACUACGGCAUCUCCGGUUCAUGAUCAACACCAUCUCAUUUGUACUAGUCGAUCAUAUUGAUUUUAACCAAUUAGGGAGAUGAAGAUGCAACCAUCGAGUGAGAUCACUGCUAUGGAAGCCGUUACCGAGGGUGAGAAACAUCCCGAUGGACAGUGGCACCAUUCGACUUGUAAUUUUGUUUCCAUGGUUGUGGCUGACCGUGCUCAUGAAUUUACAUUUAUAGCUUUGUUACUCUUUAUUUUACCUUGAACUGUUCUACAUUUGCUAAUCAAAUGGAUUCCUUUUAGCCUA